CCAGUGCCACGUCCGUUAACGACGACGUUCGGUCCCGUUACUCUUUCCGCCGCGUUCAUAAACGUUGCACGUGCCCCGAACUCGUUUCGCGCAAAUAUCACUGUCUGUAAUAAAAUGCAGUAAAAAAUUGAAAAAUGAUUUUAUGUUUACAUUAAUUCUACGAGAAUAGUGCAUAUUAUAGAUUUUGUCGUUGGAGAAAAAUUUUGAUAAUCCUAUUUUAUUUCAUACAUGGACGGUGUCGUCGUGACUUGAUGUGCCCGAUGGACGACGAACGACUACCAUGAAGUGGCCACCGCAACAUCACCAUCACCAUCAUCACCACCAUCGCCAUCAGAACAACAACGGUGGCCGCAAACACCAGGCCGUCGGUCGGCGACACGGAUGGUCGGACGCCGCGGCCACCGUGUACCUGACCAUAUCCGCGGCCGUCACCUUGUGCUACUGGAACGGCCUGAGUGGUGACUUCGUGCACGACGACAUACCGGCCAUCACGAUGAACGCCGACGUGUUGGGCACCAGUCCGCUGUCGCACGUGGCCGUCAACGAUUUUUGGGGCACCCCGAUGGCCGACCCAAAUAGCCACAAGUCUUACAGGCCACUGACGACGCUCACGUUCAGGUUAAACCAUUAUUUGUUUGGUCUGGAACCCGUGUGGUUUCAUCUGGUCAACGUUGUCCUUCACGGGCUGUGUAGUGUGCUGUUCGCUCGGCUUUGCAUAUCCGUCGCCGGGUUACAACACAUGUACGGAUUACUGGCCGGUGUCAUGUUUGCCGUCCACCCUAUACACACCGAAGCGGUCACUGGGAUCGUCGGAAGAGCUGACGUGUUGGCCUGUUUAUUUUUCUUACUAUCGUUUUUAACCUAUCACGAUAUACAGUGGAAAUGCAAAGAACAAGUGCUGCUCAGCUGUACGUUUGCAGCAUUAUCGAUGCUAGCUAAGGAAACGGGACUGAUGGUGCUUUUGGUAAACUUGGCUUAUGACGUUUAUUCGUCGUGGAGUCACAUCAGAAAAUCAUUUAUGGAACACAGACACACAGAAGAAUAUAGAUCAUUUACCAAAAGGGCUGCUCAAACUGUAUUUGCUACGGCGGUGCUGUUGGCGUUUCGGUUGUACAUGCUCCAGGGCAGCUUGCCGAAAUUCACCGAGCCAGACAAUCCCGCCGCAUUCCAUGACAGCUCACGAGUCAGGUUCCUGAGUUACAGCUACGUGGCGGUGUUUAACUUGUGGCUGAUGUUGUGUCCGUCGGCGCUCAGCCACGACUGGCAAAUGAACUCUCUGCCAUUGGUCACGUCCGUGAAUGACGUCAGAAACUUAGGAACCUGUCUUGUAGCGGCGUUCUUGUUUUGUGUUACGUGCAAGAUACUGAUGGACAUGGACAAUCAAAAAUACGGUGCCCAGGUGUUGGCCGCACUUCUUCUCGUUGUUCCUUAUAUUCCUGCUUCCAAUCUUCUGAUCACUGUCGGAUUUGUAGUGGCCGAAAGAAUACUAUACAUACCAAGCAUGGGGUUGGUCUUAUGGUGUGUUUAUGGUCUUCAAACACUGUUGAACAACAAGAAGUCGUCCCGUUGGCUGUUUGUGACGGCCAAAUGCCUUGUCGGACUCACGCUGGCCGCGUUCGUCGCCAGGACCGUGUUGAGAAAUAGCGAUUGGCUGUCAAGGCCGACGAUCAUCAAAGCGGGUUUGAAAACGUUGCCGCACAACGCCAAAAUGCACUACAACUGGGCGAACUACCGCAGGGAUAUAGGGGAUACGCAGACGGCUGUACACCAUUACAGGGAAGCUCUAAGACUGUGGCCAUCUUACGCUAGCGCGCACAACAAUUUGGGGACAUUGAUGGAGAGAUCCAAAGAUGCUGAACAUCAUUUCUUAUCAGCUAUUCGCUACUCUCCGGGUCACGUUAAUGCACAUUACAACUUGGGUCAGGUUUACAGGUUAAUGAAUCGCACCAAAGACGCGGUAGCCAUGCUGGAACGGUGCCUGAAGUUGAACAGUGGUUACACCGCCGCUUAUUUGUUGCUGGCCAAAAUGCACACUGGAACCCAAACCGGGCGACUGUUGCAGUUCGUAGCGACUUACCAUCCCAAAAACCCCGACCAUCAAGCUCGCUACGCUCAAUGGCUUCACGACAACCAUCGUACGACCGAAGCGUUGUUUUAUUUCAAAAGAGCUAUGGCGGUCAAAAUGGAACACAGGGAGUCGGUCCUGGGUCUAGCCAGAGUACUCAGAGAUCAAGGACAAAAAUCCAGAGUAUACAGGCUCAUCACGUGGUGGCAGAUGAUCAGGCGUAGACACUCGGUACAGGGUGGCGGUCGAAUUGUGUUUGCCGGCGACCUUUACGUCAAAGGAUGGCAGCUGUACAAACAGGGACAGACAACAGCACCGUUACCUUCUACAGGCGACACAACGCAGCGAUGCAACGCUGACGGAAAAAUCGCCAUGUGCAAUGGCGUACAAUUGUCGCACGUAAUGAUUCCAGAGAAGUGACUAUGGCCAAACAAAAAGAAGCGAGUGAACGACUGAGUGCAAAAUACUUCGUCGACCUGAUGAUGACACCAGGAUAAAAAAAAUAUAUACAUUCGAAUAUACAUACAUAAAUAUCAUAAUUAUAUAUAUACAUAUAUAUAACUGAAACAAUAUAAAAUAUAUAAUACCAAUUGUAUACUAAAAGAAAAUAUUUAAGAUGGACUUAUGUAAUAUAGUGAUUUUAUUUAUUUAUAAAA